AUGUUGUAGCCAUUUUUUUUCUUUUUAAUUUAAUUUUUUGGCCAUUUCAUUUAUUGACAUCGAUGCGCGUUCACGAGCGCAGCACGCGCGUUCACUUGUCGCCCAUCCUCUCCUGCACUCCUGCGUCAAGAUCAGUUUGUCGUUUAUUAUCGACCCAAACACGGAUAUAUAUAGUCCUGACAGCUAAAAGAUGUGGAAGUCAGUCGUGGGCCACAAUGUGAGCAUGAAGGUGGCUGCAGAGGGGGACGACUGGGAGACGGACCCUGACUUUGAGAAUGACGUAUCAGAGCAGGAGCAGAGGUGGGGAGCCAAGACCAUCGAGGGUUCUGGGCGUAAAGAGCACAUCAGUGUUGCAGAGCUCAGACAGAAAGUCGCUGUGGAGCACGAACAGGUGAAGAGUAAAGACCAUACUCCCAAAGCUUCAUACGGAUACGGAGGGAAGUUUGGAGUAGAGAAGGACAGAAUGGACAAGGUGGCCAUGGGACACGACUACGUGGCGCAAGUCGAGCAGCACUCUUCCCAGAAAGAUGCAGCGAGAGGGUUCGGCGGGAAAUACGGAGUUCAGAAAGACCGCGUUGAUAAGUCUGCCAUGGGCUUUGAAUACAAAGGAGAAGUGCAACAACACACAUCUCAGAAAGAUUACUCAAAGGGAUUCGGAGGAAAAUACGGUGUGGAGAAGGAAAAAGUGGACAAGGCCGCUUUGGGGUACGACUAUAAAGGCGAAACAGAGAAGCAUCAGUCACAAAAAGAUUACUCAAAGGGAUUCGGAGGAAAGUACGGCGUGGAGAAGGAGAAAGUAGAUAAAGCUGCGUUGGGAUAUGAUUAUAAGGGUGAGACGGAGAAACAUCAGUCACAGAAAGAUUAUUCAACAGGUUUCGGAGGUCGUUAUGGAGUCCAGGCAGACCGCAUGGAUAAGAGUGCAGCGACCUUCUCAGAAAUGGACUCCCCUACUUCUGCUUAUGAAAAGACGCAGCCGUUAGAGGCCUCAAGUGCGAGCGCAGGCGCGGGGAAACUGAAGGCCCGUUUCGAGAGCAUGGCUAAAGCCUCGGACGAAGAGAACAGAAAGAAAGUAGAAGAAGAGAGAGCCAGGAGGCAGGCCAGAGAGAACAGAGAGCGAGAGGAAGCCAAACGCAGGCAGCAGGAGCAGGAAAGCAGAGAGGAGGAAGUUCGUCCACUGCCUGUUCCGGAUGUGGAUCCAGAGUACGACAUGCCGCCACCAGAAAUCCACCACCAUGUGCCAGAGAUAGAAGAAGAAGAAGAAACACCAGAGCCAGAGCCAGAGCCAGAGGACGGACCAGUAUACGACGAGCCUCCGUCCUUGCCUCCACGCGGCGACGAUCUCCUCGAACCAGACGCUCCCCCGCUGCCUGAGAGGUCAAGAGAGGUUGACGAGGAGGAUGAUGAAGGAGAGUAUGAGGAACUUGCUGAACCACCACCACCACUACCUCCUGCAGUGUCAGGUGCGGACGACGACUAUGAAGACCUGUCACACGGCGUCACAGCAGUAGCACUUUACGACUAUGAAGGAGGCGCAGAUGACGAGAUCUCCUUCAACCCGGACGACAUCAUCACCAACAUAGAGAUGAUUGACGAGGGCUGGUGGAAGGGCCAGUGUAAAGGCUGCAUCGGUCUGUUCCCAUCAGCUUACGUUCAGCUGAUGCAGUGACCGACAUGAUCUGCAAAGCUUUUGCACAAGCUUCACGUCAUUGUUCUCAGGAUAAUACAGAGAAUUUUGGUACAAUAUUUAUAGAAGCAUCACAGCAAAUUUGUGCCAGAAUUUGUGGCUUCUGAUCAGCUGAUUUCUUUACUUUUACUGUGUAAUAUCUCGCUUACAUGUCUGUGGCAGUGAGUAUCUGACCACCAAAUCCAUAUCAGUGGCGAAGAUUUAUACUUUGUAACUGCAACAAACUGAUUCAUGUCAAUAAAAAUGCUAUACAGGCAAGUUUUGUGUUGUUUUUAUGCCAAAAACUUUUAUUAGUUAUUUCUAAUCAGUGUCAAUUUACAGUAGUUUUAUGGCUGCAAUAAUUCAUUAUUAUCUUUUACUGAAAUCUUAUGAUCAUUUUACAUAAAUCUGUUGUCAAAAUUGAUGAUCUCAACCAGACUGUGUGG